CAAAGUCAAAUAAGCAAACCCACUAGCCAUUAAGGAAGCAGCAAAGUUUUUCUUUAUUCAACCACCAACAAAAAUUUAAAUAAUUGAGCAUACACUGGUGUAGUGAAAAUGAAAGAGAUGAGUUUUACUACCUUCAUCAUCAUCAAACAUAUUUUACAUUUGUCUUGCCUUUCUAAUGCUGACUUGGUCAUAAAUACACCAAACACCAAAAUAUUUCCCAUUUUUUUCUCAAGUUUAUCAAAGAAACUUAAUGUCCAAUCCUACAACAUAUACCAUUUAGGGAGAAUAAUUGGAUACUGUUCAUGGGUUUUUAGCAAUUUGGGUGAGUUUUUUGAGAAUUUUUGGUGGGGUUUCUGUUGCUAAGAGUGGAAUGUCUAUAUCAAGAAUCUGCACUUUUGGUGCUGUUUUGGUUAUAUGGCUCUGUUGGUCUCCACUACUUAUUGAAGCUCAAAAGAAUAUUACUGAUCCUGUUGAAGUGAAGGCAUUGCGGGACGUCAGGAAAAGUUUGAUUGAUAUCAAUAGAAACUUGAGCAAUUGGGAUCGUGGGGAUCCGUGCACAUCGAAAUGGAACGGAGUUUUAUGCUUCAGUGAACCAAUGGCUGAUGGCUAUCUACAUGUGAGCGAAUUGCAAUUAUAUAAUAUGAACCUGUCUGGAACUUUAUCACCAUCACUUGGUCUCUUUUCUUAUAUGAAAAUAUUGGAUUUUAUGUGGAACAACAUAACUGGAAGCAUACCAAAGGAGAUCGGUGAUGUCAAAUCUUUGGAACUCUUGCUUGUGAAUGGAAACCAACUAACAGGGCCCUUGCCUGAAGAGCUUGGCUAUCUUCCGAACUUGGACAGAAUACAGAUUGACCAAAACCAUAUAUCGGGACCAAUCCCUGCGUCAUUUUCUCUCUUGAACAAAACUAAGCACUUCCACAUGAACAACAAUUCAAUUAGCGGGCAAAUCCCACCAGAAUUAUCCAGAUUACCAAUGCUUGUUCACUUCCUUUUGGAUAACAACAACUUAUCAGGAUAUCUACCUCCAGAAUUCUCUGAAUUGCCGAACUUACUUAUACUUCAAUUAGAUAACAACCACUUUGAUGGGGCGACAAUUCCAGAGUCCUAUAGCAACAUGGCUAAACUGUUGAAAUUGAGUCUCAGAAACUGCAGCUUGCAGGGUCCGAUUCCUGACCUGAGUAGAAUACAAAAUCUUGGUUAUCUAGACCUCAGUUCAAACCAUUUAAAUGGAUCCAUACCACCGGGGAAGAUUUCUGAGAAUAUUACCACUAUUGAUUUAUCCAACAACAAUCUUACUGGAACUAUUCCUUCCAACUUUUCGAACCUGACUCGUCUUCAGAAACUGUCAGUGGCAAACAACUCAUUGAACGGCUCCAUUCCCGCUGCCAUUUGGCAAAGUCGGAUACUGAAUGCAUCAGAAAGCCUUAUCUUGGAUUUUGAGAACAAUAAACUGUCAAACAUUUCUGGCAGUGGAAAUGCUAUUAGUCUCCCUCAGAAUGUCACACUCUGGCUUGGAGGAAACCCUGCAUGCUCAAAUGCCAAUUUACUCGAUUUCUGUCGACCUCGGAUUGAGGAUCUUCACAAUCCGAGUUUGACAAACACUUCCUCUGCCUGUCCUAUUCAAGCAUGCCCAUCUCCUUUCGUAUAUUCCCCAACAUCUCCUAUAUCUUGUUUUUGUGCCGCCCCUCUAAUUGUCGGAUACCGGUUGAAAAGUCCUGGAUUCUCUGAUUUUAAUCCCUACAAAGAAUGGUUUAAGGGAUAUUUGACCUCUGGUCUCAAAUUGGAUCUUUAUCAACUACACCUUGAAACAUUCCAAUGGGAAGAAGGACCUAGGUUGAAAAUGCACUUGCUGCUGUUUCCUGUCUAUGAGAACAAUACUCACAUUUUUAAUACAACUGAAGUUCUGCGCAUCAUGGGAAAGUUUACUGGAUGGAAAAUUCCCGAUAGUGAUAUAUUUGGACCCUAUGAACUUCUCUACUUCACUCUGUUGGAUCCUUAUAGAAAUGUUAUUGUUCCUUCAUCAAAAUCUGGUAUAAGCAAGGGUGCAUUGGCUGGCAUAGUAGUGGCCGCUAUUGCAGGUGCAGUCACAGUAUCUGCAAUUAUUACACUUCUUAUGAUGAGGGCCCAUUUGAAGAAGUACACUGCAGUUUCAAAAAGACGUCAUACAUCUAAAGCCUCCUUGAAAAUUGACGGUGUGAAGGAUUUCACAUAUGCUGAAAUGGCAUUAGCUACAAAUAAUUUCAGUAGCUCCGCUCAAGUUGGUCAAGGAGGAUAUGGAAAAGUUUAUAAAGGCAUUUUGGCUGAUGGUACCAUUGUGGCCAUAAAGCGAGCUCAAGAGCACUCUUUACAGGGUGAAAAGGAGUUCCUAACAGAAAUAGAAUUCUUAUCAAGGUUGCAUCAUAGGAAUCUUGUAUCUUUGGUUGGAUAUUGUGAUGAAGAAGGUGAACAGAUGCUGGUUUACGAGUUUAUGCCAAAUGGCACUCUAAGAGAUCAUCUUUCUGCCAAGGCUAAAGAGCCGCUGAGUUUUGCAACGCGAGUGAGAAUUUCCUUGGGCUCAGCAAAGAGUAUCCUCUACCUGCAUACAGAAGCUGACCCUCCGAUAUUCCAUCGUGAUAUCAAGGCAAGCAACAUCCUACUUGACUCUGCUUAUAAUGCAAAGGUUGCAGAUUUUGGACUUUCCAUACUAGCCCCAGUUCCAGAUAUUGAAGGGGCUAUGCCAGGUCAUGUUUCAACCGUCGUAAAGGGUACACCAGGUUACCUUGAUCCGGAGUAUUUUCUAACACAUAAAUUGACGGACAAGAGCGAUGUUUAUAGCCUUGGUGUCGUUUUUCUGGAGCUCUUGACCGGAAUGCAACCAAUUUCACAUGGAAAAAACAUUGUCCGAGAGGUAAAAGUUUCAUAUCAAUCUGGUAUGAUAUUCUCAAUUAUCGACGAACGAAUGGGUUCUUAUCCUUCGGACUGUGUUGAGAAGUUUUUGGAUUUGGCUCUCAAAUGCUGCCAAGACGACACAGAUGCAAGACCUUCAAUGGCCGAUGUGGUACGAGAACUCGAAACCAUAUGCCAUAUGAUGCCAGAGUCACAUACCAAAACAACAGAUUCAAUGAGCACCAAUCCUGAAAAGACUGUAUCCUCAUCCUCGUCCUCGAUGGUGGCGAAACACCCAUACGUGUCAACCGAUGUUUCUGGCAGCGACCUUGUUAGUGGAGUCAUUCCUACCAUUACUCCUCGAUAACCGACUGACAUGGAAGAAACUUAAAACAACAGAUUUUGAAAUUUCUAUACUCAAAA